UUCUUUUUCUCCACAAUGCUGAUCAGUCCCGGCUUUCUAGGCCUGUUUCCGGGGUGUAAACAGCUGGUGCCUGCCCGUGAAGCCAGCCUCCCGUCACAGCUGCCAGAAGCCCAGCCUCAGCCACACAGGGACACCAGCCUCGACCAGCCCACCUUCGCAAGGCCCCCAAGUCUCCCCGGGCUCCUAUCCGCUGCUGUCAGCAUGGCCCAGGCGUCUGCAGACAUCGAUGAGACAGACCUUGAGCAGAGGAUCCUGCAGGCGUUGAAGGGCGCUGGCACCCCUGUGAAGGCUGCCCAGCUGGAAAAGGAAUGCCAAGUGCCCAGGAAGGACAUCAACCGUGUUCUCUACCGGAUGAAAGAGAAGUUGAAAGUGGAUCGAGAUGACUCUGCGAAAUGGAGCUUAAGAGAGGGUGGGCCUGGAGAAAUGGUUCCCGCAGAGCCGGCCCAGCCCAGCCAUGAGCUGCAGGGACAGAUCUUACGGUUGCUGGAAGCCAGCGGGCCCCAGAGGGCUGUGAGCAUCGCCCGGUCCCUGGGGAUGAAGACGUCAAAGGAUGUCAACCCAUACCUGUAUGCCAUGCAGGAAAAGCACCUUCUGGACUUGGACAAGAAUUCAAAAACAUGGGCAAUUUAUCAACCAGGGACUCCCAGGGCCCCCACCAUCAUUUACCAGCAAAGCCCUGUCAUGAUCUGUCAGAACGCACCCCACAGCCACAUCUCCAUCCAGAACUCCGAAGCCGUCCAGAUUGGACAUGGGAACACCAUCAUGAAACUAAUGGCCCCUUCGGAGAGUGGUGAGUCCCCUGGGAGAUGCCCUGGGAGGACCUGGGGCAGCUGCUCUGUCUGGGUGGGUCAGGGAACAGGGGGCAGUCAACCCUCCAAGGAGAAAGGGCGGCCUUCAGAUCACCACGGUCCUCCUUCACGGCCUCCUGAGAGUGAGGGCGUCUUUCUCAUGCCUGGAUCGAAUCUUCCUGAUUCCCUUUCAUUCCAAUACCGUUCGCCUCAUUCCCAGGGGACCGAUCUCUUCCCAACAGUCUCUGCCGCCACUGCUGGCCCAGAAGAAAUCCGAAUGCCCGCACCAGGACCUCACCCCGAGGGGGAGGGGGACGCGGCCCAGAGUGUCCCCAUCAAGCCCUGCUUCGUGGAGGAGGACGCCAUCGGCAACAGCAACAGCCUGAGUGUCUGCCGAGCAGGGGCAGGGGCAGGGCCAGAGGCCAGCCGCGGGGACCCAGGGGAGCCGGCCGAGCACGCGGCGCCCGGGUCCAGAGCUGCGGAGCCCAGAGGCAAGUUCCCAGAUGGUGCUGGUCCUGCUGACCCCGACAUGUCCACGUUCACCUCCCACCUGGAAGCCAUGACCCUUGAAGACCGGGAUUCAGAGGCCCCAGAGGACAGCCCCUGAGUGGACUGGCCCCAGCACAGGGUCCGGGGAGAGGUGGGGUUCAGAACCAACAGCCGAAGGCGGACAAGGCCGGGAGGGAGCCAGCGGCGCCACGACCCCCGCACUGUACAGCUGUGUCCCAUAAACGUCACUGCUGACCUUCUUGC